AUGGUUAAUUUCUGCGUCCACGAGUUGAUCUAUGGCUUGAUCAUCAUGACAGGUUCAAUGAAUUUCGGCUAUACUGUUGGCUUCCCAUCGCCAUUAGUUCCAUUCUUCCAAGAUUAUUGGGGAAUCUCUAAAAUGAGCACAACAUGGUUCAAUGCUAUUCUCCCACUCUUAGCCAUUGUCGGUCCAUUCAUCACAACAUGGUUAUUAACAUUCCUUCCAAGAAGAUUAGUCUUCUGCAUCCUUCAAAUCGCUUCUGCAGUUACAUACUUGAUCAUGUUAGCUACAACAAAGAAAGCUUUCGCUCUUAUGAUCGUUAUGAGAGCUCUCCAGGGUCUCAUUAUCGGUGGUGUUACAUCAAUUGCUCCAACAAUGCUCGUUGAAGCUGCUCCAGCUGGUCUUACAGGCUUCUUCGGCAACCUCAACCAGAUCGGCUGCGUUAUUGGUAUCAUUAUCAUGUACCUUCAGGGCAACUGGACAGUCAACCUUUCCAAGAACGCUACAAAGUGGUGGUCUCUUGAAAUUACAUGCGCUGUUUUGAACUUUGCUGGUGCUGCUCUUAUUUGGGUUUGCCCAGAAACAGGCGCCGUCAAGAAGGAAGAAGAUAACAAGGAAGAAGUCAAGAAGGAAUCAGUCUUCCAGAAGCAAUAUCUUGGCAAGCUUCUCGUUGGUAUCGCUAUGAUGUUCAUCCAACAAUUCGCUGGUAUCAACGCCAUCCUUACUAACCUCGAUGAAAACUUCAAGGAAGUCGGUGCUCCACUCGAUUCCGGCAUUGCUUCAACAAUCUCCGUUGCUGCUCAGUUACUUGCCGUUUUCACAUCUGGUUUACUUGUCGACUGGCUUGGCAGACGUCCACUUUUCUGCAUCUCAACAUGCGGCUGCGGUAUCAUGCUCAUCAUCUUCGCUCUCAACUAUAACUACGGAUGGGCUGACUGGCUUUCCAUUGUCGUUAUCUUCAUCUACAUGUUCUUCUUUGGCGCUGCUCUUGGUCCAAUCCCAUGGUUCGUUGUUCCAGAACUCUUCCCAGACUCCGUCCGUUCAAUGGGUGCUUCUAUGAUCUCAAUGGCUAACCAGCUCUUCUCAUUCAUCGUUAUCUUCAUCUUCCCAUGGCUCAAGGGUUCAACUGAUGCUAACGGCAAGAGAACAUCCGGCAUUGGUCUCAUGUGGACAUCCCUCAUUUUCGCUAUCAUUGCUAUCCUUGGUGCUGUUUUCGGCUUCUUCUACAUCACAGAACCAAAUGAAAAGAAGGAAGAAAACCUUGACUGGGAUGAGAACAAGGAAGACAGUGAGGUUAAGCAAACAGCUUAA